CACAUGAUAAGAACAACAAUGUAACCAACCUUUCACAAUUAUUUUCCAUUAUUAUUAACUCACUCUUCUUCUAUUACACAGCUCAGCAACAUCACGUUCCAAAAAUCUUCUCUGAGACAUUUUCACAAACACCUUUUGGGUUAAGAAGAUGAGUUUCAGAGAAGAGAGUGGUGAUGGAAGGGAUCUUCAGAAACCGUUUCUUCAUACGGGUAGUUGGUAUAAAAUGGGUUCAAGACAAUCUAGUGUUAUGGGUUCAACUACUUCUGUUAUGCGGGAUUCAGUUUCGGUUCUAUUUUGUGUUCUUAUUGCUGCUUUGGGUCCAAUUCAAUUUGGCUUCACGUGUGGAUAUUCUUCUCCGACGCAACAAGCUAUAAUCAAUGAUCUCAAGCUCUCUGUUUCAGAGUUUUCUCUGUUUGGAUCUUUAUCCAAUGUGGGUGCUAUGGUGGGAGCUAUAGCAAGUGGUCAGAUAGCAGAAUAUGUCGGGCGCAAAGGGUCAUUGAUGAUUGCUUCGAUUCCCAAUAUAAUAGGGUGGCUCGCCAUUUCUUUUGCCAAAGACUCUUCCUUUUUGUUUAUGGGGAGACUGUUGGAAGGUUUUGGCGUUGGGAUUAUCUCUUAUGUGGUGCCUGUUUAUAUUGCUGAGAUAGCACCUGAGAACAUGAGAGGUAGCCUUGGAUCGGUGAAUCAGCUCUCUGUUACAAUCGGAAUAAUGCUUGCUUAUCUGUUGGGCCUAUUUGCCAACUGGAGGGUGCUUGCAAUCCUAGGAAUUUUGCCUUGUACAGUAUUAAUACCCGGAUUGUUUUUCAUACCAGAAUCUCCUAGAUGGUUGGCCAAGAUGGGGAUGAUGGAGGAGUUUGAGACUUCAUUGCAAGUGUUAAGGGGAUUCGACACAGAUAUAUCUGUUGAAGUACAUGAAAUUAAGAAAGCUGUGGCAUCAAAUGGAAAAAGAGCUACAAUCCGGUUUGCAGAUCUCCAAAGGAAAAGAUAUUGGUUUCCUUUAUCGGUAGGAAUUGGAUUACUUGUACUUCAGCAAUUGAGUGGUAUCAAUGGAGUUUUGUUCUAUUCAACUAGCAUCUUUGCAAAUGCAGGAAUUUCAUCCAGCAAUGCUGCUACCGUUGGACUUGGAGCAAUUCAGGUCAUAGCUACUGGAGUAGCUACUUGGUUGGUGGACAAAAGUGGGCGGAGGGUGCUCCUAAUAAUAUCCUCGUCUUUAAUGACAGCCAGCCUUCUCGUUGUAUCCAUAGCAUUCUAUCUGGAGGGAGUUGUAGAAAAGGAUUCACAAUAUUUCAGCAUUUUGGGAAUAAUAUCUGUUGUUGGCCUUGUGGUUAUGGUAAUUGGGUUCUCUCUAGGACUUGGACCAAUCCCUUGGCUUAUAAUGUCUGAGAUACUUCCAGUGAAUAUAAAGGGUCUUGCUGGCAGUACAGCAACCAUGGCUAAUUGGCUAGUAGCGUGGAUCAUCACAAUGACUGCAAACUUGCUUUUGACUUGGAGCAGUGGAGGGACAUUCUUAAUCUACACAGUGGUAGCUGCUUUUACUGUUGUAUUUACGUCACUAUGGGUGCCUGAGACCAAGGGAAGAACAUUGGAAGAAAUACAGUUUUCCUUAAGAUAGAGUAUGUUUUGGGAGAGCAUUCCGGCACGAAAUUAUGUGUGUAUGAUAUCAUGUAUUUUUAUAGUCCUGUGUAUUCGUUAAGUUUUCUGUUUUCUGUAGCAAAUGUAAGAAGGAACAAUAAUCAGUGCAUUGCUUAUUUUUUUUAAUGUACAAGCUGCUGUGGGAAAAAUAUAUAAUAGUCAAAGAAUGAGAAGGAAACUUGUUUUCUAGUCUUAGGAUAGCCUCACAAUUUGCCAAGUUCAUUUGUAUUACGAGUUACAUUAU